CGCUAAUAGUAUGCCACUUCAACUCCAAUGACUACGCUGCAACGUAGCCGAUCAAUGCGACGAGAGGGCAGUCGAUUGUAUUUGCCGGUAGUUUACUAUGGAAUGAACUGGAAGCAUAAUUGAAUGCUGAAUACAAUUUCGAUUGAUAAUCAACAAUAACACAGCGAGACCAUGAGGCGGAAUGAACUACACUAUACUGACUCUGGGGACAACUUGAUGUACAACGUAAGAGAUCACAUGAAUCCCGAAUGAGACGAGUAGCGUCUGACUGCUGGAACCAUGCCUCCAUAUAGAUGUCAUGCUGUUGUUUUGCUGUUUUGGGGAUUUUGCAUACUUCAAGGGACUACCCUUAAAUGUCAUAUUUGCCAAAGUGACGAAAGUCAAAGUGAUUGUCUUCAAACAUCUGAUGAAAUGUGUCAACCAGGUCAAGAUGUUUGCACCAUACAAACAACAUGGAGAGGUGAUCUUUAUAAUGACAUGAACUUGGUCAAAUCUUGCGGUGUAUCGUCCGAAUGUCCAGGUAGCAGCCACACAACUUCUUCGUGCCAACCGUAUGAGGCAGGCUGGUCGUGUACUUUAUGCUGCAAGGACAAUUUGUGUAACAGUGGUGCCAACGGUAACGUACCGAGACCCCCUCCAUAUCCACCCAUACCAGACCCCCUAGUAAGGCGACUAACCAGUGGCUGUGGAACAACGAAGGAUAAUUGCCAAACAACCUUAACUUGGUCAGACGAAUCUCGCCGUAUUCAAAUCAACAAACAAUGUGCUUCACAGAACAACAUUCUCGUUGGUAAUAUUUUCCAAUACACUGCUCAGUGUAACAUUCCAGCUGUAGAUCCUGGUUACUGUGUAACUUGCUGUCUGGAUAACAGUUGCAUGUUGGAAACUACAGAUGCAGCUGUAAGGCCUAUUGUGUUUACAUCGCUGCACCAAUCUUUGCUUCUUCUGACAACAGUCCUUACUAGAUUGCUUUGUUGAUGGACGAUAAUUGGUAGUAACUGGAGUGGACUUGGUGUGACAUCGUUCGCAAAGUAGAGAUUAAAAGACACGCUUAUCCGUCCAGCACCCUGUAAAACAAACGUAUACAUGAUUUAGAGUCUCACAAACUCCACUACGAGAAGAGAGUCCACAGGAUUUCAGGCAAAUGGUGAGGUCUCAAUCUAUUUGGUUUGCGGUAACACCAUGUGUGAAUCUACUUGCCAGGUAGAGUUUGUUCUUUGAGAACUGUCUUUC